AUGUCAAGUACGUCCGAUACCGACGAGACGGGAUCCAUCGCAUCCGAUCUCAGAACAGAAGAUGAAACAGAUGAAACUGUCAUUGACAGCAUAUUCCAACCCUAUCAGUACGAACCAUUAGCUGAUGUUGACGAAAGUAAUGGCGAUGGAUCAGGUGAAGAAGACGACGAAGAUGGCAUUCCCUUUGCUUCCUUGGAGGCAAGAAGCGAAAAUAACAUCCCAGUUGGCAGCUGGUGUAAAUGUGGGCAUUGCAAUGUUGAACACAUCGCUUCAGUACGAGAAUUUCGAUGUUGCCACGAAGUAAGACCAGCAAUAGGGCUUAUGGUCUUCGAUGGAUCAAUUGAACGCCAUAGGUGCGUUACACAACACGAUGAUUUCGAAGCACUCGUAAACAAGACGGUCCUAAAUUUAGCCGGCCCUUUAUUUCGUGACAGGAAUGGAAGAACCUAUAGACGAAAUGCUGGUCAAUCGGAAAAUGAGUAAGUAAAACCAUCAAAAACACAGAGAAAGGUCAAAUAAUUGUCAGGAAUUCAACUCUUAAUUAUGGUUGAAAUCAAA